UCCUGAGAGACAUGGCAUCGUGGUGACAGCAAACUGACGCGCUUCCGAUAAUUUGACUUUUUUAUUUAUGACAGGUCCUCUGCAAUCCUCAUCAUCUGCUAUUUUCAUUCAUUUCUUCUUUUUCUUCUCAUUGGAUCUCUCCAAUAGUUACGAAUAUUCAUCAAGACCUGGUUGUACGGCAGAAGAGCCGGUGUUGGAUCCGGCGGCAUUUUGGCUCAUAAAGAGGGAUUUUCUGAUAAGGUUGAACAAUGAGGCAAAGUUACAGUAGUAGUUGCGGCUUGUGUUCGUCUUCUUCCCUCACAUGUCUUUCUAUUUUUCUCUUCCUCUUUAUCGGCGGACCAGCUGUUUGUGUUUCCAAUUCACUUUCAGAUGAUAUAUUUGACGAUCAAGCUUCUAUUGGUCGGAAUCUUCUUCAAGCCAAACAAGCUUGCUCUGUAAACUUUGAGUUUCAGAACUAUACAAUCAUAACUAGCAAGUGUAAAGGACCACAAUACCCAGCAAAUCUUUGCUGUUCGGCCUUUAAAGAAUUUGCCUGCCCAUUUAGUGCUGAGCUGAAUGACUUGAGCAAUGAUUGUGCCUCGACCAUGUUCAGUUACAUCAACCUAUAUGGAAAAUACCCACCUGGUCUUUUCGCAAGUCAGUGUAGAGAAGGGAAGCAAGGGCUUGCCUGUGAUGCACAACCACCAUCUCAAACGGCUAAUCUCAAUGAUAAUGGGAUCACUAUUUAUUUACCAUCAUCUAUCACAUCCCUUCUUCUAUUACAUGCUUUUCUUUUCUUCUUCUUCUUCCAACUAAUUUGAUCAUCCAACUACCCACUCUAUCACUUACAUGUUUCUUAUUCUUCUUGUACCUUGUUUCAUCUUUCCUCGGCAGAUAUUCUGCUUUGUAUGAUAAACUUGUAUUCUUUCAGAAAAUAUUGGUCAUAAUGAUUACUUUUAUAUCAU